AUGGCGUUACAUAGGUUAUUACUUAUAUUGGCCGCGGCACAAUGUACGAUCGCAACGAAUCUUUUCAGGACGCCCAGGCAAUCACCAGGCAGUAUAUUAUUUAAUAGUGGUAAUGGUGAACAGUGCUUGGGCUCCGACAGAAGUACCGGCGGUGUAUGUCUGUCGAGAAAUCAAUGUAACACCCAGGGAGGCAAGGCUAUAGGAUUUUGCGGGGUAUUCGCAACCUGUUGUUCUCUUAACGCCUGUGACAUAAGAACAAAUACGAAGGUGGCUGUAUUCAUUAAUCCGCCUCUAAGCAAAGAGUCCUCUGGCCUGGAAUGCUCAUACAAUGUGGAAAUCAACAAUAAUAAUGUGUGCCAGAUGCGUAUUGAUUUUGAAACCUUCAAUCUGGCACCACCAACAACCGUGGAGCCUGUAGAAAAUGUGACCCAGAGACCUGGCUACACCUGCAGAAAUGACAUCUUCCAAGUGACGAACCUCCAAGGCAACUCUGACACUCUUCCCUCUCUAUGUGGUGACAACAGCGGUCAGCACUGGUACGUCCGGGUGAACGCAUCCACUAACAGCCGCGCCAUCCGAAUCAAUUUCAAGAUCGCUGAUCGCAACACGCAGCCACAACUCCCGCAAGCCACUUGGAAGAUCAAGGUCACUCAACUCGAGUGCUUCAAUACUCUUGGGAAAUAUCGUGACGGUAUCCUGGAAGCCAUUACCUCAUCGCUACCCUCGACCCCAUUAACAACAUCUGCGGACAGGGAUGAGUAUCUAAUAGCUCCUCCUGGCUGCCUGCAAUACUACCCCGAUCGCUCCGGCUUCUUCGAGUCGUUUAACUAUAACAGAGGGGCAGGGCCUUACAUCGCCAACAUCGCCUACGCCACAUGCUUCAGGAGAACGUCUGAUGUCUGCGGCAUCAAGCUGACUGCGGCGAACUUCGAAAUGGCGUACCACGACGACCAGAACAUGCACGUGGACACGGACUGCCAGAUCAACCCGGUGACGCAGGGCGUCGCGCAGUCCGAGGACUAUCUGUUCAUCCCCGAGGCGGAGACCGUUGAGGGGUUGAGGGGCUCAAAGUUCUGCGGGACGAGUGCGCAGAACCAAAUUAUUGCUUCGGCUCCGCCUGGCCCCUUGUACGUGCACUUCCACAGCGACAACCUGGUGACGGACGGCCUCCCAGAGUCCGGUUACCGAUUCAACUACAACGUGCUCAACAACUGUUACCUCAAGAAAUAA